AAAAUUAAUUUCAAAAUGACACUUUACUUGUUGACUCUUCUACUGCUGCUUAUUCAUGGUCUUGCUACUGGCAUCGAUGUAACUGAUAAUGAGCAAACUAGCAAUGAAUUGAAAGAAGCGCCAACGACUGCACUCCAAGAAAUCGAUACAGUUUACAAUGUGAAUGACGAUGUCACACUGGCCAGGAACAAGAAAGCUCUGAUGGCAACGCUGAAGUUUGUAGUUGAGUCAUUUUGUAAAUUGUUAAAAAUAUUUGGUGGACGAAGUAUCCGCGAUGAUCUUGAUGUUGAUCUCACCGAAAAGAAGGAGAUUCAAACCGAUAAAAGAGCCUUGACCCUUGCUACCCUCGUCACUGUUGGUAAAGUUAUCUGCACUGCUAAUACAGCUGUCAACAUUCUGAAUAACGUCAGAAAUUUUUGCCGAGUGAUCAAUGCUGGUAAGAGAGACAUCCAGAGCCCUGAAAGUGUCAUCGAUGAAGAGGAACAUCAACCAGAGAAAAGGAAUUUUAACUGGUUGUUAAAUAGUGCUCGAGAGAUUUGCAAAUGGUUAGAUCGUAUUGGGAGGGACACUGAGAAUGUGGAGGACCUCUACUCGGGCACUGAAUAUCAAGUCGAUAGAAGGGAUUUUAAAGAGAUUUGGUAGUUUUUAAAACAUCAUUUGAGACUGUCACUAGUAAUGGAGAUUUUUACGAAAAGAAAACUACAUAAUGUCAAUGACGCUAAUUAAACUUUAGUGUUACCAACUAAAAAAGAAUUGAACUUUAGUGUUACCAACUAAAAAAGAAUUGAACUUUAGUGUUACCAACUAAAAAAGAAUUGAACUCUAGUUUUAACAAAAUCUCAAUGCGUGGCACUUUAUUUCCUUAUCCAAUUUCCUUGAUACUUCUAGUUAGUCGCUCAUUUGUUUGUUAAAUUGAAAGUGUAAUGGUUCUUCCAUUUUGAAAUUAUUUAAUACUACAAUAAAAGAGUUUUAAAAGUUGAACUCUGCAAUGUCAAUACGUGCACGACGGAUUCGCUACUAUGCAAAACUUACUUAUAGGCUAAUAUUGUCUCAUUAGUUAAAGUAGUUAAUUUUGCAUUCUCCAAAAUACUUUUUUGUAUGAACUAUGACACACACACACACACCCACACCCACCCACAAUUAUUUUGAAUAAAGGUAAAACAUGUCAA